AUGAUUGAUGUGUGGGAGAGUGAAGAGUGUGAACGCGCUAUGGCUGUGUUGGGUCCGGGGAAGACACCUUUCAAUGUCGGCAAUGCACAAAAGGUUGUGGAUAUUAACACGUUCCACAACCGUGCCGGCCACUUGUCCGAACCCAUUUUGAGACUGUCCGCGAAGCAGCACGGGAUUACCCUCACGGGCACGAUGGACAGCUGCCGAUGGUGCUUGCCGGCACGUGGGACGAGGGCGUCGGUGCCGAAGCAGGGGGGCGGGUACCGCGGCAAGAGGGCGCCGAACGACGUGUUCCUCAUCGACCUCUGCGGCGCGUACACGGCGACGAUCGGUGGCCACCACUAUAUGCUCCUCGGUGUGGACGCCGCCACGGGAGGGAUGGUCUGCUACGCCAUGCGGCGUAAGUCGGAGGCGCUAGCGGUCGUCAAGCGCAUGGUCGUGGAUGCCGCCCACAAGGCUGGUACCGUGAUCAAGUGCAUCCGCAUGGGGAUCGCGCUCGAGUACUCCCCUCCCGGAGUGCAGCAGUACAACGGCGUCAUCGAGAGCGCCAUCCAGAGGUGCCUCAAGGUGGCCAAGGCAUCUCGCCGGGCCGCCAAGGAGCUGCUUGGCCCCGCAGGAUUUUCUCGUUUCCGCGAGCUGAGUGUUCGUGGCGAUGAGCUCUGGGCGGAGUCCGCAGAAGACGCCGCGCAGAAACUGAACCAGUCAGCAUCUCCUUCCAACCCCGGGGGGGCGUCGCCGCAGCCGCAGGAACUCUACACCGGCAAGGGAGGCCCUUUUCGCUUGAUCCCGUUCUUCCAGUACGGUUCCAUGUGGGAGCGGCCGGCAACGAAAAUGGACGACAGGGCCGUGCCGUGUUUUUUCCUCUACGCCGGGGACAACCACGCCGACGUCACCGUUAAGGUGCUCAAGGAGAGGACCGGCCACGUGUGCUACACCUCCAAUGUAGCGUGGGCGGCGAUCCCGCCGUCGGGGGUGUGUGUGUGCAAUGCUUCACCAACCCCCUCCGCGGGGACUCUACCCACGCCCCAGCAUCUACCCUUCGAGAUCGUCGCUUCGCCGCCGCCUGCUGCUACCGCCGCCGGACCGUCGCUGCCGCCGCCGCCUUCGGGGCCCGCGUUGUGGCCCGCGCCUUCGCCUGGUGCUGAUGAUCCGCCGCUCCCGAGGCCGUCCGCGUCAUCGACAUCCGCCGUUCCACCGCCGCCCGCUGCUGCUACCGCCGCCGGACCGUCGCUGCCGCCGCCGCCUUCGGGGCCCGCGUUGUGGCCCGCGCCUUCGCCUGGUGCUGCCGCUCCGCCGCUCCCGAGGCCGCCCGCGCCAUCGACAUCCGUCGCUCCACCGCCGCCCGCUGCUGCUGCCGCCGCCGGACCGUCGCCGUCGCCGCCGCCUCCGGGGUCUGCGCCGCUGUCGCCGUCGCCGCCGCUCCCGGACUGGUCGUCCUCAUCCAUUGAGGCUGAGCAGUCCCCGCCGCAACCGCACCAAGACCGGCGGACCACACAGUCGGCGACCGCACCGGGGUACGCACCUCUCACGCCCCAUGCUUCGAGACUGCUCGGCGAGGGGGGAGAUCCGCGGAUCCGAGGACGCACGAGAGCGGAAGCGCGCACCAUCGCCCAGCAACAGCUUUCUGCCCUAUCGGUGGACCGGCAGUUGCCAUCACUGCAGGACGAUGCCGUCACCACGCCUCUCCUUCCGACCGAGAUCACCAUGGGGCUGCUGGCUCAAGCAAACGAAGAUGUCCUCCUCUCCAUGCUGGAUGCUCGGCGAGUCAUGAACGGCAAGACAAUGCUCCGGUCAGGAUUGAAGGGGGGCAGCGAGAAGGGGGACAGAGGCGAGCAGCUCGCGAGGAGUGAGGGCGUGGUAGGGAGCACGGGAAAGUUGCCGGAGGUGGACAUCGGCGAGGAGGGACGCAUGGGGAAUGGUUGGUCGAUCGGUCCGUCUGAGCGGGGCGUUCCGCUCGGACUUGUGGCGCGUCUUGCGACGCGCGACGACCUCGACUCAGCUGUGCGCGAGACGGAGCCGCCUCUCUUGCGACCCGACAUGCCGCGCUGCCACGCCAAGGACCUCCGAGUACCCCAGACUUUCAAAUAG